AUGAAGUCAGCUUUCAAAUCGGAAUAUCCGUUCGAGAAAAGAAAGGCAGAGUCCGAACGUAUCAGUCAGAAGUUCGAAAAUCGCAUCCCGGUGAUCUGCGAAAAAGCGGAAAAAUCCGAUAUCCCAGAAAUCGACAAACGCAAGUAUCUGGUGCCAGCAGAUCUCACAGUGGGCCAAUUUGUGUACGUGAUAAGAAAACGCAUCAAACUGCCUGCAGAAAAGGCUAUUUUCAUAUUUGUCAAUGACACGCUGCCUCCAACGGCAGCGUUAAUGUCUGCCAUUUACCAAGAACACAAGGACAAAGACGGGUUUUUGUAUGUCACGUAUUCCGGGGAAAACACAUUUGGAGCCCAGGAGUAG